CUUAUAUCAUCUUACACGUCUGCCGCGGCUCAAGCGUACAAAGAAACCAUCGAGGCGACGUCGAUUAUGCUACUAACCAUGAUGGAGCUUUGGGUCGAGAUCGACCAGUACGCAACUGCUUUCUACCCUAUGCUGCUUAACUUCUCCACCGGUUUCCCGCCUGGCAUCCUCGAUUCGCUCGUCCUGCCCAAGAGAGAACAGCUACUUCGGUUGGCCAGGGUAGAGGACCACCUUGAGAACAGGAUGUUUGCGGAAAGCUCACUUGGUGUUCCUCCGUGGGAGUGGGCCGACGCUAACCACAUGUCUCCUUUCUCCACGACGUCGUUUGCUGCACAUCACUAUGAGAACUCGCCUACCCUCAAGUCUUUCCAUGACCAAAUAAAAUCCCGCGCCGACGAACUGAGGAAGUGGAAGUUAGAAGAGCUAGCCAAUAAACGCAAUAAGUAUAAUGAAUUAUUAAGGCGAUGGCCCCCCUCCUCUCCCCUCGAGCACGAACGCAGGAUGGCUCACCAGCACUUGUGGGCACCAGCUCCGUGUAAACACGAUUGUAAGAAGUGCGCUUUCGAGUCCGCCAAGGAGAAGUUAGCGAUUGAGCCGUUUCUGGAGCCUCUUCCCGACGAUGAGAAUGCUGCGAAAGCCAUCGUGUUCGAGAUAAUGGUCCCUGAAGUCGUUCAUCGCUGGAGAGAUGCUACCCUUUUGGUUCACGAAAGCCUCCGCAGUGGCAAAGACAAGAAAGAGCCGGCGUGGCAGGGAUGCAAAUUUUACUAUCCCGAGAACCAUGGGGUUAUCCGGCAUGUUCUCGACAACCACGGGUUCGGGGCCGGCUUGCUCAGUCCGAACGGUCUAUUCCGAGUAGCUUCACCAUGGUUGCCACUUGGAUCAAAAGAGUCGCACGACGUCAAACGCGUCGGUAUCGAGAUAGCAAGCGAAAAGACAGUUAUUAUACGCGACAACAGCUCUUACGUCCUCUGCGAUCCCAGAUCGGGCAAUGGAACUUCGAAUAUGAUGAAGCCAUCGAACGAGGUACCAACUUAUUCAUAUGCGCCGUCCACUGUCAUAGAACCCUGGCAGAGCUGGAUCUCCAAGAAUUCGCAUACCCCGAAUGAGGUCAUUGCCAGUCUCGCCGACUGCGACCCCGACCUACGCUUCGACGAGAUCAAAGCAUUCGGUAGCCUGAGAGCUGGUGUCCUCCUUCAGUGGCCAAAUAUUCUAAUUCAGCUGGCCGUGCCCAACCUUAACUUUAAAGAAGAUGAGACCUUCCAACUAAUCAUGCAGGCGGCGAAUCAAGCCGGUCCAAGAACCGGUUCGAGUCCUCUUCGUGAUGCCCACUUCAUCUUAGAGGACGAGCAAUUCGGCAUAGCUCUGAUAGGAAAAAUGAGAGGUGCGCUAGGCAAAAUCCAGGACAAUUGGGAGCAGCAGGUAUCAUGGGCCAUCUUCCUCUGUAUUGCUGUCCGAGUACUCUCUUUGACCCGCAGUCCGGUCGUAGAGGCUCAGUGUCUGCAGUGCCUCAAGGAAAUUCGGGAUAAGUCUAUCCGCUGGACCCGUCAUCUGAGAAAAAUGAUGAAUGAAGCUAGAGACGACGAGAGUAGAAAGGACCUGGAGCAACGAACUCUCACCAUGGCUCUUAUUUGCUUUGGGACAUUUGAUGUCGGCUUCGCACACCUUCAAUCCCUGUUCAGGGAGAGUUCCUGUCCCGAACCCGCGAUUCUACUCGAAGCCUCGAUGGUCAUUGCCGAAACUGUGAUUUCCCAAGACCUUAUCGAUGAAGCUGAGAUCGUGCUGGCGACGCUUCUCUACCGAUGGCGGCGGCUCUCAUACGAUAUGGAGCCUUUGCUCCGGAAGAAAAUCAGUGCCGCUGACGCUAAUAGUGACACAUGCCUGGAUACGGCAAUAAGAAAAAUAUGGCCGGAAUAUGCGGGACAUGACAGUAAAUGGUCUUGCGCUGGCCGACAACAUCGACAUGUGCUGGUGUCGGACUCACUUAGCACCGGGCACAAGAUGCAGCAGCGUCUUCAGUACAAUCUCCUAACAGGAUCUUUCCUUGUCGACAGCGAGCCGCUGUCGACCCUGCCCAAGAAAUACCGGUAUCAUAAAACGUACAAGCGACUCUUUGGGAAGCAAAUUAUCAAAGUCCUACCGAGCAAAUUGGCAGGAAUGAGGUUCCAAGGAAAUUAUUUGAGACACGAGGUUCACUUUGGCAUGUUCAACGGUGACUUGAUCGUACGAAUGUAUAAGGACCAGAAGGCAUAUGAGUUUGUGCCGGCGUCAAAGGUGGAGGAGUACGUCCCCACCUUAUUAUCAUCUGAGUACACGCACUGGUUUGUUCUUAAAGAAUUCCGACCUUCGGAUAAGACCUGGGAUGCACUUGAGAAUAGGCGGACCCUUAUUCUGACGAUCAGCAAAACCGGAUCUGCAUCUUUGACCAACCAGGACUCCCAAACAAUAAUUGAUAUCCAAAGUCCAACCGCUAAGACUUUGGCGAGGUUCUUUCGACCACUUGAGCAUUCUGAGUUUAUCCAUCUGACGUUUGACCCCCGCAAAUUGACUCUCGAGAUUGACUUGCCUCGAUAUCAAACUGGUUUUACCCUCCGUAGUCGAGACACGAUCAUUGAAUCAAACCAGUAUCAGAACUUUAUCGUUGACGAGAAUCAGUAUCUCGGAACGCUUGUUGGAUUGCAGACGAAGAUGGUGCUUCGAUCAAAACACAGCAUUGGCCAGCUCGCCCCGGCAAGAGCAGUGAUAGUCCCUGCAGGAUUGGCGUGGGAGACCUGUUGCGUCAAGGAGCGUCUGGGGUAUGCAUCUGCCUGGCUUCUCCCGUCGUUCUCUUCGGAGCAAAGAAACGUCGAGCACCACUUCUACCACGUCAAAAAGCGACUGGGUUUGCUCAGAGGCAACAGUACCCUACGAAGCGAGCUGUUCCGGUGCUAUUUGCACGCGAUUACAUCUUAUGUGCUCCCGGAUCCUUUGACUGGAUUUACUGGCACCGAGACAGCCUUUCAAAUCUUGAAUUCGAAGGCUGUUCGGUCUCUGAUCAGGAAUUCUUCGGGCGCAGACCACGAGCGCGACAUUAAACUGUUGCAUAAGAUCGCCACCCUUAGUCCGCGCCGAACUUGCGCUAUUGGCGCUGGUCGAUCGAUUCAGGUUGUUGCGUGGUCUGAUAUUCCCGUGCUGGCUCAGAGCGACGACUUUUACUUAACGGUCAAAAGCAUCCUCGCAGAAGCCCGGUCCACUGAUGUUUUCUUCCCUGGGGGUCGUGACUACAUGAUCUUACCGGAGAAUGACACUAUGACGACAGCGGAAAAAUUGCAUAGGCGUCACUCUCUUAGAUCCCCUUUGACCGAGUUACGAGCCCGCCCAUCCUCUGAACAUCACGACGUGGAUUAUAGAGACCGCGACGAGUGCAGCGAAUCAGGGAUUGCCGAGAAAGUCUGUGUCCUAACGAAACUUUUGUCAAAGCCACGACGAAACACACUCACAGAGUCGAUCUCACCGUCCGCUGUUACAGAGGCCGCCGAGAUACUGGGGUGCGUGAUCUCUUUUGAUGCUGCAUUGUACGUGAAUUCCAAAGAAGUGAGCGAGAGGGACUUGGACCAGGAUGUGUGGUACCGCUCCAAAAAUAUCCCCUUAGGUUUCGACGUCCGUUGGCUGAGAGCGCCCAAGGCGACGCUCAGAAGUUCCUGGACCAAAAUCCACAAAUGGCUCUGCGGAAGCAAUGUGCUUGAAGAAGUUUCAGUGGAAAAAUACAACAUCAUCAUGUUUUUGGCCGCAAUGAGCUUCGCCAGGGACGCCAACCGCAACGUUAUUCAGCUUUUCUUAUUGUUCGUCCUUUCUCCCCGUGCGCUGCCCACGGUUCCAGACUAUGCUCUCACCCCGGAGCCGAAGCUUACUCUGGCACAUGGUGCUGUUAUGGACAGAACGGCCCUGGUUGCACAGGCCGAGAAGUCUGCCAUCGGCGAUUAUGGAUACGGGAUUCAUUCGACUAUGAACAUCGAGGGACCACAGGAUUGGUGGCAUCGAUAUGAGCGACGGCUCGAAAAUUAUUUUGAGAGGCUUGCUGACGAGCUCGUUGCACAGGGCCUCUGUGACGAUCCAGGAAUACGCAACCCUGAAGACUAUGCCGCCUAUGUCUCCAUGAACAGUUUCAUGCCAGCGGCGAAGACGCUGAUUCGUUCUUGGCACGCCAACUCUUUGCAUUUCGAGUAUCUCGAGAGGCUCGUAUGUGCGGCACAAACCUUCGAUAUUAUGGAUGGGUUAUAUAAGGAACCACAGGGAAAGUUGUGCUUGGUUCCACAUCAUCUCUCUGUACCGGAAGUACAAACUCUGAAACCUGAGGCUUUCAACAGCUAUCUCAGUUCACCAAAAAUGAAUCGCGACAACCAAAUACACCCUGGGAUGCAGGAUCUCCUCGCGGUUCUUCAAACCCAAACCAAAGACGGACUACUGAAUAGGAAGCAUUACGUCGAAGAGCUUGAGGAAAGCUUCCGGUAUUUUCAAGGGAUUCAGACGGGGGCAUUGCAUCAACCAUCCGCUGCUGCGGGACUCUACCUCAGUGACUCGGCCAUGAAGGAGGCUCUGAGGGAAGAUUUACAGAAACAUCUGGAAAACUGUGAAGAAGCUUUCGAGGCUAUGCACGCUGAAAUAAAAAAGGCUCUCACGCGGAUGCCAGGAGGAUCUCGGCCAUCGGACUGCGUCACCGACUGGUAUUCCCUGUGGCCCAGGAUUACCCCCACCACUCUUGUUUCGCAGCUAUCUGCAGCCCAUUGGAAGCAGCUGGACAAGUGUGGACUAAGAUGGAAGGAGUGUCUGGUCGAAUAUGCAAAGACGUUGACCGUCCUUCAGAGGGCGGAGAGGCUAGUGGGCCUCUUUAACAAGGACGACAUGAAUGGCUUGGCUAAAGAGAUCAAGAAUAUCGGCCACGAACAGUGGAGGCCGAUUGAAUUUCCUGAUGCGCUUCUAUUUGAGGUCGAAAACGACCUCCUCAUUCGGUCGGUCCAGCAGAGUGUCGCCAAACAGAUGGCGAACGAGCUGGGCGGCAAUGCAGUCAUGCAACUCAACAUGGGCGAGGGAAAAUCAUCCGUGAUUGUGCCUAUUGUAGCCGCUUGGCUGGCAAACGGCCAGCAGCUUGUACGGGUAAUUGUCAUGAAGCCGCAGUUCAAGCAGAUGAUGCAAUCGAUAACGACCAAGCUCGGAGGGCUGCUGGGCCGCCAAGUUUAUAUUCUCCCAUUCUCGAGACAGCUGAGACCCGACAAGGCGCAGGCCAAGCAGAUGCAUACAACUUAUCGACAGUGCCUCAGAGACGGCGGUGUCCUUCUUGUUCAACUCGAGCAUAUUCUGUCACUCAAGCUGCUCGGUCUCGAGGCCGUGAUAACUGGCGAGAAGGAAGUGGGUCAGAUCAUUAACAACGCCCAAUUGGAAUUUGACCACCUGUCGAGAGAUAUUGUUGACGAGAGCGACGAGAUCUUCAAUGCCAGAUUCGAGCUUACAUAUACUAUGGGGAGUCAAAGGUCCAUCCAGUUCAGCCCAAAACGAUGGCGACUGAUCCAGACUGUCCUUGAAGCUGGAAGGGCAACUUUGUCAUCGCUACUUGCGGUCGAAGACCCAGAGGCGCUGGAUGUCGAGGCUGGACUGGAAAACUGCUUCCCGAGAAUCAGACAUCUGAGCAGAGCGGUAUCUGACCGCCUGCUACGUGAGGUGGCUCGACAGGUAUGUCUCGGCGAGCAUGAAGGACUAUCAACGAUCUCUCUACAGCCAGAUGAGAACCAGAAGGCAAUAUUCAAUUACGUCACCCUGCCACAGCCAGAACCGGAGGAUAUAUCCACUGUGGAAAGAAUUUAUCUAUCUGAGACUGAUCGCCAGCCACUGUUGCUACUAAGAGGACUUCUAGCGUGCGGAGUCCUAGAGUUUGUCUUGUGCAAGCGAUGGAGAGUCAACUACGGCCCACAUCACAAUCGGGAUCCCAAGAUCAGACUCUCGGUUCCAUACCGCGCCAAGGACUCGCCAGCGCCUCGCGCCGAGUUCAGCCACCCAGACACGGUGAUCGGCUUCACUUGUCUCAGCUACUACAAUGCCGGCCUCACCGAUGACGAACUCGAGUGUACCUUCGAGCACCUGGCGGACUCAGACCAGGGCGAGAUGGAAUAUCAAUCCUGGAUCCGGUCCAUAGACAGGGAAUGUUCCCUACCCAGUUCGCUCGAAGGCGUGAAUAUACAGGAUCGCGCCUAUUGCGCCUGUACAAUCUUCAGACACUUGCGGCACCACAAGGGCGCCGUCGACUACUAUUUGUCAAACAUCCUGUUUCCCGCCGAGAUGAAAGAGUUUCCCCAAAAGCUGUCGUCGUCAGGGUGGGAUUUAGCGGGGGCUAGGGGCCGGCCCUUGACGGGAUUUAGUGGCACCAAAGAUUCGAAAUCUCUCCUGCCGUAUUCGAUCAACUAUCGGGAUCUUCCAGAUCAACAACACACGAAUGCUAGCGUUUUGAACUACAUUUUCCGAGAGGAGAACGACAUAUUAUUGAUAGCAGAUCAUGAUGCUGUCAAAGCAUCUCCGUCAACAUCCACGGCCGAGAUUCUCCUCCGAACUGUAGCACAGAGCGAGCCGAGGAUACACGUGAUCCUCGACGUGGGUGCCCAGGUUCUCGAAUACAGCAAUGUCGAAGUUGCCAGGAUCUGGCUUGACAUGCUCUCGCAAGACGAUGGCAACGCGAAGGCGGUAAUCACGUUCAACGACGAAGACGAGAUGAUAGUCGUAGAGAGGGGUAGAGAGCCUGAAUUGUUCAAGACGACGCCUUACUAUGAGGACACUGCGUCCUGCCUAGUAUUCCUGGACGAAGCUCAUACACGAGGAACAGACCUCCGACUCCCCGAUGCCUACCGUGCGGCUGUUAUGUUGGGCCCGGGCCUGACAAAAGACAAACUUGUGCAAGCGUGUAUGAGAAUGCGAAAGCUAGGUAGCGGACAGUCCGUCAGCUUCUUCGUCACCGACGAAGUCCGGCAGUCGAUCAACCGCGCGGUUAGUCAGCCCCCGAGCAAUGUGGCCAUUACCAAAGUCGACCUCUUAAGGUGGACCAUAUUGGAGACAUGGUUGGAAACUGAAAGGUGUAUCCCCCUUUUUGCGGCGAACGGAAUACGGCACCUGCGUCAAGAGGACGCUUGGCGAGAGGCUCAAUCGGGGCCGGAACGUGACCGAAAAAUAGACAUGCAACCCGAGAUUGCGGAGAAAUGCAUGGAGGACGAGGCUCUCUCGUUGGAAACGCGCUACUCACCGUCGCCCAGAGGCAAGGCUGUGCGGAAACACAUCUUCGGCGAAGAUGAGAACAUUCCCGCUACACACUACCCCGAACACAGAAUGAUGCUUAAAUUCAUCAUGCGCAAGUGCGACGACUUUGGUGUUACCCAGAUAGAUUCAGCCUCAUUCCAAGACGAGCAGGAACGUGAGCUGUCGCCGGAAGUCGAGGGGCAACGCGAGGUUGAACCCCGCCCGCAGAUGUCACCUCUAACUCAUUUUGUCCAUCAAAACGUACGGAAAUUCGUGUGCGAGGGAGUGAUCGACGACUUGGACGGAUUCAUACCGGCCUUUUCGGCCUUCCAGAACACUUCCUUGGCACACCUCGUCAAGCUUGACGAGUUCCCGAGCGACAUGAUUCUCGUAACGGAAGAUUUUGCUCGGACAGUCGAACCAGGGAUAGGCUACGUCUCAGAUCAAUAUCACCGACCGGUGCAGUGGAUUGUGACCAAGUCGGUCAAGGAGACGUCGGGUCGGACUGCCAUGAUCGAACGGCUGGUGGUGUUUAGUGCUUGGGAGGUCAACGAGUUGCUCUAUCUUGUCGAGGAACACAGAGCGGUGACGAUCCAUGUUUAUGCUCCGCGACCAAACCUCUCAUGCGACUCGCUAGAGGAUCUUGCCCUGUAUACGAAUCCGCCGCUUCCCAAGGGCUGGAAGGCACCGAAAGAAUUGGUCCGUUUGCUGAAUAUCUUUGCCGGACAGCUCUUCUUCCGGUCUCACGAUGAGUACCUGAAGAGCUGUAAGUUCCUGGGCCUGGAACAUGGAUCGACCCUCCAAGGCGGCGCGGAGAUGAAGUUUGGGCCGGACAGGUUCGUGGGCACAACCACGGUCACCCCUCUCUGCCCCUUUACCCAAAGCCCAGCACCUUUUCUCGAUUUUCUCAUGUCAAAAGUUUGUCGUGACAACAGGGAUAUCAGGGAGACUCAUUUGGGACGCAUCCUAACCGGCCGGACAUUGACGGAGAAGGACUUUGAC